UUUUGUCUCAGGUCACUUAUGUAUGUGUGAUAUUCCUAACCGCAGAAUAGACUAUGUACAAAAAAACAAAAGCAAAAUCGCCCCAACUAUUUAACCAUCACUGUCCACAAAGAACAUGCUUCCUCUGGUGACCCUCCAGUCUGUAUCUUCACCCCUCAUAAGGCGGCAAAACAUCCCCUUCGACAGGAAUGACCAUAUUCACCUCAUAAUUCCCAUCCGAACCCAACUUAGGCCGCUGAACAGUAGCCCGCACAAACACCCUCUGGUCCGAGCCCGGCGUCCACCCCUCAGGCACCCCCAAAACAAUCUCGAACGGCAAAACAUAAUCCAACGGAUCCAGCGAACAGUUCACGGGCCCUUUAUGCAAAUUCCACGCAUUCUCCGGCCGCAUAAUCGCACCCGCCGGGUCCCGCCUCCACAGCACCACCGCACCAACAUCCCGGUCGCGCGAGAUGGACUCCGUCGCGGGGCCGUUGACCUCCCGCGGUAUGACAGAUUGUUCCUUCUCCCGAAGCAGUUUAGCCUCCGCGACGACGAAGUAGGCGAUGAGGUAGCUUUUGACAAACAGAUUCACGGCGCCGGCCACGACCAGCGUGUUGGUUUGGGGGUUGUGCACUGCGUGGACGUUGUUGAGGGUGAAUUCUUUGACGACGCGGCCGAAGGUGGCGUCGUUGUUGGAGACCCAGGCGUUGCGGAUGUUGUAGCCGACGUAGCCGCCGGGGGUUUCGCGGGGGGGGAUUAGCCCGAAGAGGGGCAUUUUUAUGGAGGGUUUCGGGGUGAAGCUGGUGUUGAAGGGGGGGUAGGCGAGCGAGUUUGUACGGUACGUGCAGAGUAGGCGGAAACUCCGACCGGAAUGGCCCCUCACGUCAGCGCUUUUUAUGCUUUCGUC